UUCAGCCCGCGUCAGGUGAUUGGUCGGUCGUUUUAGCCGUACUCUGAACUUAGCUAACGCCAUGUAGCAUCAACCCCGGCUGCAAGACGAAACUUAUCUAUUCGUACCUCUUUUCAGCAGAUUAAUAAAUAAAGUUCCAGUUAAACGUGUCAGGAAGCAGCACUUUGUCUCCAACAUGUCUUAUGGCAACGCAGAGUUCCGCCCUGUCCCCAGGGACUUCAGCUCCCUCAUUCAGACCUGCACCUCCAACAUCCAGAGGAUCACACAGAACACUGCUCAGAUCAAGACCAUGGUUAGCCAUCUGGGAACCAGCCAGGACAGCAGUGAACUUCAAGAUCGUCUGCAGCAGAUACAGCACUACACUAACCAACUCGCAAAAGAAACCAACAAUCACCUGAAGGAGUUGGGCUCAAUCCCUCUGCCCUUAUCCCCCUCAGAACAGCCAGGAGGACUUCAGUCCGAUGACGACCCAGGCGGAGGAAGUUGGUGUCACGGAGGAGGACCUUGAACUAAUCAAGGAGAGAGAAACCAACAUCAGGCAGCUGGAGUCGGACAUCAUGGACGUGAACCAGAUUUUUAAAGAUCUGGCAGUUAUGAUUCAUGACCAGGGAGAGAUGAUUGAUAGCAUUGAGGCAAACGUGGAGAACGCUGAAGUUCAUGUGGAGCGAGGAGCAGAGCAGCUCCAGAGGGCUGCCUACUACCAGCAAAAGUCCAGGAAGAAGAUGUGCAUCCUCGCCUUAGUUUUCUCCAUCGCACUUGCCAUACUUAUCGCCAUCAUCGUCUGGUUGUCUAAGUGAGCCAGAAUUAAAAUGUUCCUUUUUAUUUUGUCCCAUCCCAACAACGAGAACCUGCCUGGAAUCACAAACUUAACAAAAAAAAAAAAAGAACAAAAAUCAGAUCUCUGUAACAAAAUCUGCAACAUUGAUCCUCGGAGGGUUUGUUGGUUUGAACAUCUUGAAGUCAAAAGUCUGCUGAUCUGUAAGAAGCUCCAGUGGUGGAAUGAAGUGGUGUAAAGGAGCAAUUAGCUUUUUCAAAUUCCUGACAUUUCCCCACUUCUUAUUUCUCAUUUCCUGCACUAACACUUGCUGUCAUUGUAUUUCAAAUGUAAAUAUAAAUUCCUGUGAAUAACUUAAAGAUGUGCAGCUUGUACUCUGUAAUGUUUGUUUUUUGGAUCAGUAACUUGGUAGAACCACAGGUCAUGUCGUUUCUCUGUCCCCUCGCUGUGCUGCAGCAGGGUGGGUGGUGGGAUGUUCAACGCUUCACACAUUAACUAGAAAAGUACAUUUCAAUGAAUACUCUAAUGAACAUAUGCAUAUUAUAUGAUAAAUUCUGAAAUGUUUUAAGUUUAUUUCUAUGACUCUUGACAGUAUAUGCACAAUAAAUGUCUUAA